GGAUCGAUAGGCGAUGACCUGAAUGGCUUCGCUCGGCGCCCAUCUCCAGAAGGCAAUGACGCUAGGUUGUUUGGCGGUGGCUGUUUGAAACUUUGCGAAUUUUUGGCAAACAAAGGAAUACAAGUUUGUUACUAUGUGGAGUAACUUUGAAGCAUCCGCGCUGGAGGACGAGACCAUCUCCAACGUGUUCUCUUCGCGGUCACUUUUCCAAAUCAGCAGCGACGAGGAGGUGGAGACUUAUCCUGAUGUCAAGGCCUCUGUGCAAUGCGGCAAAAUGGCGAUAGCCAUCGACAAAACCCUGUUGUUGCUCGAAGACGAGCUGGUGGCCAAGUGCAGUUGCCUUAGCUUUGGGGCGACGAUCGAGGCGAUUGCCAUGUCCGCCAGCGGAAAUCUUAUUAUUUGCGGCCUCAGUGACGGCGAGGUCCACGGAGUGUACAUCAAGGGCCUGCUGCUGUUCAGCGUGUGCAUCAAUCUGGACGAUGUGACUCUUUCAGGCGGUGCUUUUCGGAGCAUUCAUCAACUGGACCAUAGGUUCUACUUUACCUGCAGAAAUGGCAGCAUCUACAGUCUAAGCGACAUUGAUGAGGCCUCUCUAGAAUCUGUGGCCAAUGUCACGGUAAACGAAAACGAAACCAUUGCCUGCGAAAAGGCCAUCCUAGAUGAUGUCACUGUUCGAAGAAUUUCGAAGGGCAGACCCCUGGCCAACGUCGACUGUGCUGUGCUGCUCUUUCAAAUGUCGGCAGUCCAUAUAAGUGCCCAAAACAAUCCGGAGGACCACGGAGUAAAUCAUGCCCUUGUGAUCUUCGGUGACCAAAAUACAUUGAACUUCAAGACCUCGUCCAACGAUGUUACCCGUAUCGUUCUGCCUGCGCACUUGGGCAGCGUCAAACAGAUCUUUAACCUAGACCACUACAUAAUUGCUCUUACCAGCUCUGGGCAUCUAUUGGAAAUAUGUCCGUUCACACGAACGUUCCAUGUGCCGCACUCCUUGGAAAAUCAGGGGCUUCUUAUCGAGGAUGUUCUGGUAGUGGAGUGUAGUGAGGAGAACAUAGAAUUGCUACUUCUCACAAAGGCAACGGAGGAGAGCCGGUACAUUAAAAUUGUGGAGUAUCCAUCUCUAAAGUGCAAAAAUGAAGUGGAUGUGCCCAAGCAUGCUUGGUUAGUUCAUCAGCCCAAGUGCGCGGUCAAUUUGUAUUAUUUGGCUGCCCAUGAGCUCAAUCAAAAUAAAAUACCCUCAAUGGUUCACAUGAUGCUGGUGUCUGAAACGGACCCAAGUGAUCGAUUUAAGAAGCUUAUAGCGAAAGGUCGUCUGGAGGAAGCAGAGGAAUUCGGCUUGCAAUUCGAGCUGUGCCUGCAGCCCAUCUACGAGGCCAACGCGAAACGCAUUCUGGUUGAGAUGUGCAAUUCACAUCAGCAAUUGGAACCGUCCGAUGUGGAUAAAAAGUUCCAAAGCUUACUGAACUUAAUGGCGAAGAUCGAGAAUAAAUCCUUUUUCAAAAACCAUCGCAUGAUAAACUUGAGUUCUCGUAAAAUUUUGGAACGUUACCUCCGGGAAAUACAAAAGCGUUUGAGUUUUGAGGACGACGAGCAGGAUAUGUUGCAAAUAGACGAGCAGCUGCACCGACUCAAAACCCUCGCCAUAAUCGAUCCUUACGAGUGCAACACGGACUGGCAGAAGUUCAUUUACGACAAUAAUCUGAUUCGCAUGGUCAAGUCCCUGUUCAACACAGAUAUGCCAACGGCCUGUCUGAUCUGGAAGCGGCACUCGAGUAGCAUACUUCCUUUGGUAAGCGAAAAUGAUCUUCGCAUGCUACUGGGAUACAUUCCAGGGAACACAAAGCCCUUCAACAUGGUGCAGUGGCUGCGGCAGUUCACCCCUUUGGUCAGCAACACCCAUCCCAGUAUCAUGCCCUUUAUUACGAACUGGAGCAUAGACAUGACACGAAAACUUCAGUAUAGUCCCCACUGGCCGGACAUUGGUUUGGAGUUUUCCACCAAGAUUCUGGAAAUUUUCGAGGAAAUCCGAUUCACAUACUCGGAUGUGGGUCGCCAACAGGAGCACAACGUGGGAAAACUUCGAGAGUUGGUGAACGCCUUGCAAGAUCUAUCUGUGCUGAAAACCAAUUAUAACAUGGGCUUCACGCUGGACAACUAUAUGCAGGACACGCUCGACGCCACGGCACUGAGCAUUCUGCAGCACGUCCAAUUGGACAAGCUAAGGCACCUGGUGGAGAACUUCAUGUAUCCCAUAUUUCAGGAGAAGGGCCGGCAGCCGCUGGAAGUCAUCAAGCAGUAUAUAGGCCAGUUGGUGGCCAGCCGCCAGUCGUCCACCAAUUGGCUGGAGCGAGCGAUGGCUUGUAUCGAUCUCCUCCACAACGAAGACAGUCGGCUCGAGUGCGCACUUUCCGUACUGCAGAAUGCACCUGUUCCAUGGCCAGAGACCCUGGCGCCACUGAUCCGGCUACGGAACUCGACCCACCCGGUGGCGAUGAAGAUCAACGCCGAGUAUGAGAUCCAAGUGAUCAAGAUCAUGAAGGUGAAGUACGGCUGGUCAGCGGAUAGUUCUGCCGAUAUUAACCUGGAGAAGUUCAUGAUGCGCAUCGUCAAGAUGAACUUCCCGGACAUGUUGGAGGACAUCCGCACGCUGACUAAAGCGGCGCCGCACAUCGCGAUGAGUGCUAAUUUUAACUGCUGCUACCAGAUGGCAAGGCGGGGACAAAUCGAAUCCGCCUACGAGUUUUUCAAAUCUAUAGCUGGUGGCAGUAAGAAUUCCAAGGAGUGUGCGGAUGUAGUUGAACUCAUUGCAAGUAUCCUUGAGAGCAGCUCAUCCGUUUCUUUCGUUAAUGAUGCCAAGAAGCAAGAGUACCAGAAUGUCCUAGAGCUCUUCAAGCUGUUCCUGCCCCACGCCGCUUCUGUCUAUGAGCGACGCUACCUGAUGAUCAAGCAUUGCUUUCAACUGCGACACAAUUUCGACAUCAAGCUUAGAUGCAGCAGUGAGCUGGUGUCUCUGAAGAGGCGUCACGAGCUCCUGGACGAAGCCAUCGAACGCAUUAUUGAACGAGCGCAAGCGACUUUAAACGUCUCUUCAUUUAUCGCCAGCCAGAAUCGCGAGCUCUGCACGGCCCUCAAUCUGUCUCCUGUUUUUGGCUUGCAUCGUAUUUGCGAACGGAUUGGAUGUCUGCCCCUUAGUUGCGCCCUGGCUUACCACGUGGUGCAGUUCAUCGACUGUUCGCCAUCCAAUGUCCGUGACUUUAUCAAUCUAGCCGUGGAGCUGCUGGUUCAGCAAAUCGGCUGUGCCAGAGGCAGUACUCACGAAAGUCCAUCAUCGAUGCAACUAAUAUCUGAGAAUGACCCUUUGAGCUUUCCACUGGCCUACGAUCUGCUAACCUCCGCUCUGCUCCACGAGCAGAGUCGUCGCCGCGAUCUUGUGGAGCUCAUCACGUACAUUCGCGUGGCAAUUAUCCACUAUUCGGUGGAUGCCAUCAAGCAGCACUACGACGGAAAGGAGAAGGACGUGAACGAACACAUCUGCCGCUCCCUUGAUGGCACUGCAGUGGCUCUGGGGGAAACUACCAUAAACUUCUCCAGUGCCCUGAACGACAGCAUUGAUGUUAAGCCUGUCCAGCCGACAGCUUCAAAGAAGCGCUAUUCGGUGUCCAUGUUCGAUGACGUUGAAGUGCAGCCCGUCCAUCAAAAACAGCUGAAGAAAAACAUUAGCGGCCAGUUGCCAAUUGUGAAGUUUCUGGCCCGUACCCUGCUGCUAAUGGUGAUCGAGGCGGAACCGAUCAACUCGUUGCUGAUGCAGUUGCGGCGAGCUUUGGCGGAGAACAUUAUCUCUGAUGUGGAGAACGCCCGGGCCGACUUUUUCGUGUCAUUGGAGUACCUCACCAAGUACAAGGAGCACGACGUGUGGUAUGUGAUGUCGCAGUACUUGCUGGAGUACCAAAAGUACAACUGCCGCAAGAAACGAAUCAUAAACGAAGGCUUCAUUACGCUGCAACUACGUCGCAUACUGCGAAAUGCCAUGAGCAACAAGGAUGUCAAUUUUAUUGAGCUCUUCGCCAUGCUGGUGUCCGACAGAGAGGCGGUAGCGCUGCUCGAGAAGCUCUCCACGGAGGUGAAGACGGACCUGCAAAAGAUAAACUUCUUGACUUUGUCGGCCAUGUACAGCGAACACACCGAGGACAUGGAAAACGUACAACUGCUACGUUCCAAACGCCUCAAACUCUACUAUUAUUUGGAGUUUUGCCAGCAAGAUCCCACUAUAAAGGGGAAAUUCAACGCAGACAUGGACAAUAUAGAGGACCUGCUUAAGCAGUUCCACAACAAGAAACUCAAUGUACAGCUCUUGGAGCGAAUGAGCAAGGACUUUGGCCUCGAUUACCAACGCAUUCUUGUUACUCAGGUACUUAGUAUCCUGAGUUCCCAGGAGCUGCGUUUCGAUGUCAAGCGCGAUACCUUUGGCGAUGAGGAGCUGGUCGUCUUGAGCAGCGCUCAGGAAAUGCGAGAGAUGUGCCAGACGUACAUUAACGAGAUUAAAAAUGUGGAGCUUCUGACAUCCAAGCUGAAGCUGUUUAUAGAAGAGAUAAACAUCUACUUUUAUGAGCUGUACAUGUGUGUGGUUAAUAUCCUGAUGUACUUUGAUGCGGCUCCCAAGGAAAUGGAGAUCUGGACGAACAUACUGCACUUUCUGCGUCACAAAAUGAUCAGCAGGCGACGCAGUCGUCCAGGUCAGAUGGAGACGGACAUGUGGCUUAAAUCGCAGAAGGAAAACGGUGUACUGCCCAAGAUCGCGCGUUAUCGUUUGCCCUUUAAGGCUAUUGUGGAACAACCUCUGAAGGACAUUCUCGACAGCGAACUGAAUGUGGACAACUGCCAAAGUUGGUUUCCACUAAUCCAGAUGUACACGGCACUGAAGGGUUCCAAGGACAGUUCGCAGAACUGCGACUACUUCUGCAUGUCGGCGGUAAAGAACUCCAUAGAGUACAAGUCAAAGAGCGAGCCUGAGACAUGGAGCCUGCACCCCACCAACAACGCCUUCCUCAAGUCGAUCCUGCGCUUGGUGGAGAUGGUACGAAACCCCAACAAGGCCUUCUUGAUUUUGUAUUUCGUUGCAAACUAUGCCCGGGAUGGCGCCGACCAAGUGGAGGCCCACUACGAGUGCUGGAAGUUCGUUAAAGAGAAGGGCGAACUGAUCACUGACGCCAAGUGCCAGGAACAGGUGGCGAAAGUGAAGCGCCGGUACCCCAUUCAGAAAACUCAGCACCUGCUCAACAUUUACGGUCUAACGGACGAGAAGCUGAUGUGCCUGAUUGAGAACCCCAUUGAGCUCAUUUACAGCUUGUACCAUCAUGACCUGAUUUUGACGUCCAGCAAAGUGGACAUAAACGCUCUGGUCAAGGAAAUCGCCAAGCUGCACGAUCUGUGUUUGGACACCAUCCAGUACAGACUGCUGCAAAAAUGGCUUUCGGUGACAAUGGAGACUGCCGAUAGCACCAUGCUUGAAGAAACCCUAAUGGAGGAACAGCAUUGGACUGAGCAGGCAAACGGUGGCGACACAAUAAGUAGCCAGGAUGCCAGCGAGAAUGUUAGAAGAGCUUUCUACAUCCUCGAUAGUUGGCCAAAGGCCGAGGCGGUCAAGUUCCUUGUGGGUUUAAUCUUCAAGGGAGGAUCUGUGAACACCUCCACCCAGCUGCAGAUGUACGAGUGCUACUCGAAACUGAACGACGGCAGCAAUUCCUUCACUAACACCAUUAGCCAGCGGCAGUUUAUUGGCAUUAAGUGCGUGCACGGCCUCAAGGCUCUCGGAUACAAGUCGAAUCUGGAGAAGUUCUCCGACGACCAUUGCGACAAGAUCGAGAUCCUCAAAAUGAUCUGGCAGCGCAAUGCCCAGAAUCCCUUGUCCUUGGAGGUGAUGGCCAACAUUUGCCUUGGCUUCGACAUUAAUUUACCCAAAAUCUGGAACGGCAUUCUCAAGCGAAUGGUCAUGUUCCACAUGGUGGACGAACUAAACGCCUUGUUGGAUGUUCUAAGUUGUCGGCCAACUAUGCUGCAUUUGGAUGGACUGGCCCUAGCCUGGGACUAUGUGCUGUGCCAUCCUCUAACGAAUGCCGUCCAAACGCGCUCUUUCGAACAGGAGGAGCAGCUGCACAAGACUCUGCUCCGUCUGCAAGGGUGUCCGGUGGUGCAUGCUCUCAAUUUGGUACAGUUCGCAGAACACUGUGUCCUCAUCCAGCGGCCGCACAUGGCAGCGGCGCUGCUUAGUUUUUGCCAGAGCGCCGAACAGAGACAGGAAAUUCGAAAAAAAAUACUCUCCCGACCCGUCGAAAACCUACGUCAGCAGAUCCUAAACCUGGAAGAUGCUGGCCUGCUUCCAGUAGUUUUGAACUUUGCGCUUAAGGAAUUAAAUCUUUAAAUAAAAAAGUUAUUUUGUAAAUAUUGUACAGAAGAAUAUUGAAAUCUAAAAUAAAGUCUAAAAAAACUUAAAAUUUGAAUUAUAU